AUGCCUUCCCAGAAUUAUCCUUUUAAAUCCUGUGAAGGAGGACUACAGGUAUCCGCCACAGUUCAUUGGUCGGACGAGGCGAAGAAGGAUGGCUCGUAUAGCAUAGCUCUCGCUUUCCAUGGAGGCGGUUUUGUUGUCGGUUCUAGAUAUAUGCUGCCGGAAGAGCAAAUCCAGUACCUGGCAGAUGCCGGGUAUGUGGUGGUCUCGGCUGAUUACCGCCUCUGCCCGCAGGUGUCUUUGUAUGAGGGGCCGAUAGAGGAUGCCAAGGAUGCAUACAGAUGGUGUAAAUCGCAUCUUCCAGAACUGUUGAAGGAGGGCGCGGGAAUCAACGUGGAUGGUUCCCGAAUUGCAGUUUUUGGCCAUUCGGCGGGCGGAUGUCUGACGUUGCACCUUGGCUCGCUUCCAGAUCCACCCUCUGCAAUUCUCGACUUUUAUGGCGUAAAGUAUACCUCCGACCCAUUAUGGUUCCAGCCAUUGCCAGCACUUGCAAAGAUUCCCUCCCUAGACGAAGCCUUCCUGAAUCAGAUCUACCAGGAGCCUGUCAUUUCUCAUACGGGCCUCUCCUUGGAAGGUGCAUCCAAAAGCAAUGAUAAACCAAAGACUAAAGGCCUUCCCAUGCCAGAUCUGUCGGUUCCGAGGAAUGCAUGGCUUUUCAGUAGUCUGAAGAAUGGAACUCACUUCUCAUCCAUCGUUAAAGACGGUGAUUACCAGCAUGUGGACCCAGUGAGACUGCAUGGUAUCCACAACUUUAGUGUUAAAGCCCAUGAGGAAUUGCAGCUUCUUGGUGUUGAGACUGGAAUUGAGCUCCCUGAAGGAAAGAGUCACGGAUUCGAUGUCGGCGUCGGGCCAGAAGAUCCAGAUUUUGCAAGUAUCCGUGCCGGCCUCGAUUUCUUGAUCCGCCAUAAGUAG